AUGACUCUCUAUGUUUUCUAUUCUAUUUUCUUUGUUUUAUUGCCAGGUGAUCUCGCUAAUGCUAUACGUAAUCGAACUAAUCUUGUUUUUGGUUUAUAUCAUUCAAUGUUUGAAUGGUUUCAUCCAUUGUUCCUUGAAGAUAAACAGAAUGGUUUCAAGACACGAUUAUUUCCUGAUAUGAAAACAUUACCUGAACUAAAAGAAAUCGUUGAAACGUAUAAACCAUCAGUGGUGUUUUCUGAUGGUGAUUGGGAUGCACCAGAUACAUAUUGGAAUUCAACAGGAUUUCUUGCUUGGCUUUACAAUGAAAGUCCAGUGAAAGAUACAGUUGUUGUCAAUGAUCGAUGGGGUACUGGAAUGGAAUGUCAUCAUGGCGGUUAUUAUACUUGUGGUGAUCGUUGCAAUCCAGGACAUCUACUGACACAUAAAUGGGAAAAUUGUUUUACUGCAUGUCAUAUGAUUUUCAAAAUCGAUAAACAUUCGUGGGGUUUCCUCCGCACAUCGAAUGUUGAUGAUUAUCUCACUAUUCAAGAAAUUCUUGGUCAAGUUAUUAUCACUGUCAGUACGGGAGGUAAUGUAUUAAUCAAUGUUGGACCAACAUCAUAUGGAAAAAUUGCACCGAUCUAUGAAGAACGUCUUCGUCAAAUGGGUGCAUGGUUGAAAGUCAAUGGUGAAGGUAUCUAUAGUAGUAUCCCGUGGAAGUAUCAAAAUGAUACAACCAAUCCACAUAUUUGGUAUACAUCGUCAAAAGAUAAUCAAACUGUCUAUGCAUCUCUUCUUGUUUGGCCGAACAAUACAACUGAAAUCUUACUUGGUGCACCAGUUAGUUCAUCAAAUACAACUGUAACACUUCUUGGUUCAAAUGUAGGUCCAUUGAAUUGGCGUUCAGCUAGUGAAAGUGGAGGUAUCAUUAUUGAUGUAUCCAAUAUCGAAGCCUAUUCUCUUGCAAGUGAUUGGGCUUGGAUUUUUAAAUUACAAAAUAUUACUCCGAAACAAAUAAACAAAUGA